AUGAAGGAUAAUGGUGGUCAAGCUGUUGGGACGUCCGGAAAUGCUUUUCGCUUCGUGGAUUCGGAUUCUCUUUGGGAGGCUAAACAUAAGUUGCUUUGCGCUCAUCCUGAGGUUUUCUAUAGUUUGGAUGGUGGUUGGUCAAAGCAUGGUCAGGAGAUGUCUCGAGCUGUUACUGCUAAGACCGUCGUCAUCAAAACGGUCACUGAAAAGUCUUGGCUUUUGAAGGAGGACCCUCAGUUCUUCAAGUAUUGA